AUGAACGCUGCUGACGAUGCGGGUACGUCAGAGGCUGCCUGUCAUGUUGCCAUCGCAAAGUUGAUUGUGUGCAUGUUUAACCUCGAGAUGGAUGCACGUCGACCCACUUGCGGAACUGAGUCCCGAUGGCGUGUGAUUGGUCUGUGGAUCAGAUGGGCUCGUUUUGUGGUGAGCCGGUGCCUUCGUCCACCGGUCGACAGGACAGUCGGGUCGGAUUUGGAUUCCGCGAGCGUCGUCUCGGAAGCCGGCGAGACCGAGUCUCAAAAGCAGUUGAAAAACGAAAAUCCGCAUUUUUUUGGCUACCGUUUCAGAAAAACCAUUUCCCAUCAUCAAGUGCUUCUCUGCAAAAGGGUAGUUGGGCGGCUCGGCCACUUACAGACCAUCUUCAGCCUCUGUCCGAGACAGAAAUACGCCUCGAUUUGGCCUAAAAUCUCCAAGAUCAGCGGUGAGAUUCGCUGCUCCUCUCCGAGCUCACUCAACAACCGCCUGCUCGGUACCAUCUCGAAAGAGGACCUCUGUCAUGAGUCCGGCUGGAUGCCGUCGUCUCUCGACGAUUCAAUGCUCUACGAACCGGAGACGACCGCCCCACCGGAACGCCCAACACAAGUCGAGCAAGUAUUGGUAAGCAGAAAUGUGAACCAGUUUGCGCUUGUGUUGCUUCGGUUUUGUGCUUUCUCACCUCCGCAACCGACGCCAGCAGUUGCCAUUUGCGAAGCUGGCGAUCUCUUCUGA